UGGAGAUGGUCGAUUCUGUCUAUGUGGACGAUGCGAUGCGCACCUUUGUUUUGUCAUGCGGCCGGAGCGUUUUGAUUUGUGAGUUUUUUGUUAUGGUGAGACGACGCGGUCCUCUCAGUGUACGUAGCCGUUGCGCUAGAUUUUUUUAUCUUGGGGUUCUAAUUCCUGGGCUCUGUAACCGAUGCGAUCCCCCAGUUCUUUGUUGUUGGCAAGCCGUAGCGCACCCUUUUGUAUUAAGGCCGUUGCGUUUUCUUUUCUUGUGGCCGAUGCAGUCCCCCAGUCCCCCACUCCUUUGGCCGAAGAGCAUCUGAGGCACAAGGGAGUAGUGAGCCGAUCCGGUGCCUAUGCGUUAGUCGCGACUCCAACCCUUAGGCGAACCUGUCCAAGGUAACCCUGUGGGAGAACCCUUGGACGAAGGCCGCAAUGCCAGGGUUAUCAUCGACGAUGCGCGCACAGGCAGCCGUAGCUGUCUAUCUAAGGUUUUCUGGGUCUUUGUGAGGACGUAGAGUUAGGCCGAUGCGUUCCUUUUCCGGCCUUAUGGGCCGACGCUUGCUUUGAAGCUUGUAGUAGUUGGGCCGUAGCGGUGUUCAGCCGAUGCCUUGUUCUUUGUAAGGUUGAGUUGGGCCGUAGGGGCGCUUGUUUGAGUGAUUCUGAAUUGGUGUCCCUUGAUUGGUAGGGAGAGAGGUGGCCGUUGGUGGAGCCAAUGGGGUGGCGCCACGUGUAGUGACCGUUGGAAGUUUUCUAUAAAUACCUCCCUAUUCCGUAGCCGCUACCCUAUUUGCGUUUGCUAGAGUUGAAGUGCUGCUGAGAUUUCUAGAGAGAUAAAGUGCUUCCCAGAAAUCUUCAAGUGUUCUUCGGAUCUUCACCCACUCCAAGGUUAGGUUCUUGAAUUGUUCUCCCUUUUUUCUUUAUACUUUGCUUCCUAGGGGGUUAGAUCUAGUGUUUCUAGGAAAAAUCACUUUGAUCCUCGAACAACCCUUAGGACGUAGCAUAGUUGUUAUGCCGUUCCCUGACGGCCGUAGCGUCCCCUCCCCUCUUAACUUAACAGCUUCUUUAGACGAGUCGGACUGGCCUUUUGACGACGAGGACCCGUCUCCUGGAGUGAAUCUUGAGAUAGUUCGAGCGUUUGAAACAGAGAUGGAGAAUACUGCCGAUUACCGCACUUCUCAGGACGAGGAGCGUCUGAAUGAUGAUGCGGGUUCCCAACAAUCGGGCGAGGACGAGGCGAGUUCUGAACCCAAGUUUCGCGGGGACGGGGCGGGUGAUGCCUCCUCCGCUGCUAUCCCAUGUCCGCCGCCUAUUUCAUCUGUGCCAGGUGGGGCGUCGUCUUCAAAGGUCACCAAGAAACGCGGGUCGCGUCGGAGGAAAGCUGCGGCUGGUGGGCGUUCUCAGUUAGACUUGACAAACCUGUAUAUCAUAAGGCCUGAAAGCACCCGAGGCGAGUACCAUCUGGCUCAGCUGUAUGUUGGGCCUUAUGGGAAGGUGAGGGAGCCGAGACCGACUGAUCAUGUUCUGGAUCCUCCUCCUGGGUACUUCGGGGUUUAUCCGAUGGGGUUCUCGCAGGGACUACGGUUUCCGUUACCCCCUUUUGUGAUUGAGUACCUGAAUAUGGUAGAUCUCCCUCCGGCGCUCUUGACGCCGAAUAGUUUCUCUCUGAUCGUCGGGUUCCUCAUCCGGUGCGACGAGCUCGGCUUUGAGCCCACGACGGCUCUUUUUUCCAAUUUGUUCCGGAUCGGCCGAGGGAGCCAUAAGAACUGUGCUGGUUACGCUACGCUUCAGCAACUCCCGGAGAAGAAAUCCUUUAAAGACCUUCCUUCGUCUAUCCAUGGGUGGAAGGCAAAGUUUGUGUUCGUGAAGUUGGCCGACGGGGUUUUCUUUCCUUCGCAAGGGCAUAGUGGUGAGUUUAACCUGCACAAUCCGCCGCGAAGCGCUGAGCUUGAUGCCCAAGUUGAGGCAUUCCUGAAAGGUGGGCCGAGGAGUGUGAACACGUAUAUCACUGAGUUUAAGAUUGCAGCUCUCGGGAUGAUGCGGUACUACAUUCCUGGCGACCCUGAUUGCGGUUUGUGGCCGAAGAUCUCUGGCUCUUUUGAACUGGCCGACGGGCCACUUAUAGGGAUUCCGGCCGAAGCCGAAGGUUACGAGAUGAGUCGCAAAAUGUUCAUGGCUCAGGCCAAGAAGCAGGUUGCUAAGGAGUUGGAGGCUGCCCAGCGAGCCGAGGCGUCCAAGUGUUCUGGCGACGGCUCUAAGAGUCUUGCCGAUGCGGCAAAAAAGCCAGUGGUGAAGAGGAAGAAGGCUGCUGAGGGCCAGCGUACCCUUACUGAGACGGGUCUGGUGCCGGCCGAAGGCGCCAAGAAGACGAAGCCGAACCCUCCUCCCAAUGACGCUGCUUUGGCCGACGCGCAGGCAUCGGUCCCUGGGGGAGCUGCCUCUGAUGUGUACGUCAUUGAGGAUCUGACGUUGAACGUCGCCUCGUCUGCCCUGGUUCCUACUAAGUCUGGGGCUGCUGCAAAGAAGAGUGCCCGUGCUGACCGAGACCUGACCUCCGGUCUUUAUGAGGUGACGGUGCGGUAUCCGCCGAAGGGCGGUUUAUUCAAC